UGACUCUGCAUUCGACAGCCUCACAACGUACCAGACUUCCUUCGAUCUUCGCUCCAGACUUCGUUCGAUGAGCUUUUGUACGUUUUGGAACGUUGGGAGGUCUCCGUCUCUUUGUACCAUCGAAUCGAAGCCCUAAAACCGAGAACCAUACGGCUCGGCCUCGCCUGUUCUUCUCCGGGGCAUCUUUAUUGAUCGCUUGGAACUCCUUUGGUUGACCUUUUAAUAGCGUCUAACAUAAAAGGUAUUGUAUGUGUUGGGGACCUGAAACCAAAUGGAUGCAUAUGCAAGUUCACAGACUGACAAUCAGAGGACUUUGAAAUCAAGUGAUCGACCAAGGAGCCAACCUUUAACUCCACUAAGAGUUCUAAGGGGUGUAGCAUGUCUAUCAGUGUUACUUUUAACAGCAUUUAUGAUGUUAGUGUACAUUGGCUUUGUGACCGCGGUCAUCUUCCGAUUUUUCAGUGUACACUACAGCAGGAAAGUGACAUCCUUUUUCUUUGGUGCCUGGCUAGCUUUGUGGCCUUUUCUCUUCGAAAAGAUAAACAAAACUAAGGUAGUGUUUUCUGGAGAAAGUGUUCCUGCAGGGGAACGCGUUUUGCUUAUUGCAAACCAUAGAACAGAGGUGGAUUGGAUGUAUUUGUGGGACCUUGCAUUGCGCAAGGGACAGCUCGGAUACAUAAAGUAUAUCCUUAAGAGUAGUUUGAUGAAAUUACCCGUAUUUGGCUGGUCAUUUCAUAUAAUGGAGUUCAUUCCGGUUGAGAGGCGGUGGGAGGCUGAUAGAUCAAUUGUGCAUCAAAUGCUUUCAACUUUUAAGGAUUGUCAAGAUCAUCUCUGGCUUGCAGUUUUCCCCGAAGGCACAGAUUUCACUGAGCGGAAGUCUAGUCAAAGUCAGAAAUAUGCAGCUGAAAAUGGACUACCUAUCCUUAAGAAUGUCCUGCUUCCAAAGACAAAGGGUUUUUAUGCUUGCUUGGAGGAAUUGAGAGAUUCAUUGGAUGCAGUAUAUAGUCAUCCUCGGGUGAUUCUCUGGGAGUUAAAAGGACUCUUAGAUCUCGAUUCCUAUGGGGCUCCAGAAGUCUGGUGGCAGAGGGUUUAUGACAUUACCAUCGGCUACAAGCAUCGUUGCCCAUCCUUCUUGGACAAUGCUUUCGGUGUGGACCCUUCUGAAGUACAUAUUCAUGUUCGCCGCAUCCCUCUCAGUGACAUCCCAGAAUCCGAAGAAAAGACUGGAUCAUGGCUGCACGAUACGUUCCAGCUCAAGGAUCAGUUGCUUUCCGACUUUUAUGUACGUGGCCAUUUCCCUAGCGAAGGAACAGAAAGGAGCCUGUCUAUGAUUAAGUGCUUGACAAAUUGCUUGUGUGUAAUCAGCUUCACGAGCUUAUGUACCUUCUUGACCCUUUUCUCAUCUGUCUGGUUCAAAAUAUACGUGUCUUUAGUUUGUGCAUAUCUGGCAUCUGCUACCUAUUUUCACAUUUAUCCUAGCCCUGUGCUGGCUAUAUGACAGCUUCAUCAAUGUCUGCCAAAUACGUGUAUCGAUCAAACACUUAAUUCUCAUUAAAGGGUAUAAACUUUCCCACUGGUUAAUACAAAAUUUCCUUGCUGUUACUUGA